AUGCGCUGGGUGGGACAGACCGCGUUGAAAACUAUGGCGUGGGUACCGGCGGAGUCUGCAGUGGAAGAGUUGAUGCCCCGGCUGUUGCCAGUGGAGCCCUGCGACUUGACAGACAGUUUUGAUCCCAACGUACCUCCGAGAACUCCCCAAGAAUACCUAAGGCGGGUCCAGAUCGAAGCAGCUCACUGUCCAGAUGUUGUGGUAGCUCAAAUUGACCCAAAGAAGUUGAAAAGGAAGCAAAGUGUGAAUGUUUCUCUUUCAGGAUGCCAACCUGCUCCUGAAGGAUAUUCCCCCACUCUUCAGUGGCAACAGCAGCAAGUGGCACAGUUUUCAACUGUUCGGCAGAGUGUGAACAGACAUAGAAGUCACUGGAAAUCACAGCAGUUGGAUAGUAAUGUGACCAUGCCAAAAUCUGAAGAUGAAGAAGGCUGGAAAAAAUUUUGUCUGGGUGAGAGGUUAUAUGCUGAAGGGGCUGUUGGACCAGCUGCAAGUGAAAGUCCUGGAAUCGAUUAUGUACAAAUUGGUUUUCCUCCCUUGCUUAGUAUUGUUAGCAGAAUGAAUCAGGCAACAGUAACUAGCGUCUUGGAAUAUCUGAGUAAUUGGUUUGGAGAAAGAGACUUUACUCCAGAAUUGGGAAGAUGGCUUUAUGCUUUAUUGGCUUGUCUUGAAAAACCUUUAUUACCGGAGGCUCAUUCACUGAUUCGGCAGCUUGCAAGAAGGUGCUCUGAAGUGAGGCUUUUAGUGGACAGCAAAGAUGAUGAGAGGGUUCCUGCUUUGAAUUUGUUAAUCUGCUUGGUUAGCAGGUCACCACAGAGCACUGAGUAGAGUCCCCUGUGCUAUACAGUAGGUUCUCAUUAGUUAUCUAUUUUAUACAUAGUAUCAAUAGUGUAUAUAUAUGAAUCCCAAUCUCCCAGUUCAUCCCACCCCACUUUCCCCCUUGGUAUCCAUACGUUUGUUCUCUACGUCUGUGUCUCUAUUUCUGCUUUGUAAAUAAGAUCAUCUAUACCAAUUUUUUCAGAUUCCACAUAUAUGCAUCAAUAUAUGAUAUUUGUUUUUCUGACUUCACUCUGUACAUUUAAAAAAUUCUUUGCAGUUCUCUUUGUCACUGGUAUGUCUCACUAGGGAUAUCAGAACAUCAUGUUUAAGAUCACUUGAAAUUAUUCUCCUCUGUGUGGUUAUGCCACCAACCUAGUAUAGCAGAAGGUUCAUUUGGUCAUUUUCUGUUUUUAUUUAAUCUUUUAUAAUUUCAUAAAAUAUUUACAUUGUUCCAAAGUUAAAAUUAUAAUUCAAGGUACAUUUUGGAGCAUUUUAGAAUCCACCUUUAUCCUCUGUAACGUCUUUUCUCCCUUUUGUAGUUAUCCAUUUUAUUGUUAAUUUUUGAUUUAUCCUUCCAUUCACUGUUCUUUGAAAAAAUAUAAGCAAAUAUAUAUAAAUAUAUCUGCAUUUCUGCACAUGCUUACAAAACAUAACAUACUAAGCAUUCCAUUCUGUACCUUGUUUCUUCACUUAAUAGAUCCUGGAAAUCACAUGGUAGCAGUGCAGAUAUUUCCCUCAUUUUUUUUUUUUUUAUAAAAGCCUCAUAGUCUUCCACUGUGUAGAUGUAUCGUAGUUCAUUCAGUCAGUCCAUUUAUUGAUGAAUAUUUGGGUUGUUUGUGAUCUUUUGCUAUUACAAGUAGUGCUGCAGUUAAUAUUUUUAAGUAUACAUUAAAUUUUUUUUAAUUGGAGUAUAGUUGAUUUACAAUGUUGUGUUAGUUUCUGGUGUACAACAGCAUGAUUCAGUUAUCCAUAUAUAUAUUCUUCUUCAGAUUUUUUCCCCUAUAGUUUAUUACAGGAUAUUGAAUAUAGUUCACAGUGCUAUACAGUAGGACUUUGUUUAUCUAUUUUGUAUAUAGUAGUUGGUAUCUGCUAAUCCCAAACUCCUAGUUUAUUCUCCCCCGCCUUUCCUCUUUGGUAGCUAUGUUUGUUUUCUAUAUUUGUGAGUCUGUUUCUGUUUUGUAAAUAAGUUCAUUUGUAUCAUUUUUUUAUUUUUAUAAUUAAUUAAUUAAUUAAUUAAUUAUUUUUGGCUGCGUUGGGUCUUCAUUGCUGUGCACGGGCUUUUCUCUAGUUGCGGCGAGCGGGGACUACUCUUCGUUGCGGUGCGCAGGCUUCUCAUUGCAGUGGCUUCUCUUGUUGCAGAGCACGGGCUGUAGGUGCAUGGGCUUCAGUAGUUGUGGCUCAUGGGCUCUAGAGCACAGGCUCAGUAGCUGUGGCGCAUGGGCUUAGUUGCUCUGCGUCAUGUGGGAUCUUCCCGGACCAGGGCUCAAACCCGUGUCCCCUGCAUUGGCAGAUGGAUUCUUAACCACUGCGCCACCAGGGAAGCCCUGUAUCAUUUUUUAGAUUCCACGUAUAAGUGAUAUAAUAUGGUAUUUGUCUUUCUCUGUCUGACUUCACCUAGUAUGAUGAUCUCUAGGUACAUCCAUGUUGCUGCGAAUGGCAAUAUUUCAUUCUUUUUUAUGGCUAAUAUUCCAUUUGUGUGUGUGUGUGU